GUUUGGUCGCGACCAUCUUCUUUGCCAACCAUCACGACGUUCCCUUGUCUUUUUACCUUCAUUGUCGUUCCAUCGGAAAAGUAAACUCAUAUUGGAUAACUUAUGCAAAGGCGGUCUCUCUAUAUUCUUCUGCUUAACGGACUAGCUCGCGCUCUUCCUUCCUUCAAGCUCAACGACGAUGGCGGCUUGCGCACGAACGGGCAUCCUACAGUGGAACGUGGUUCGCCGGAGUUCUGGUACAAAAUAAUUAUCAGUGGUGUUCUUGUAUUGCUAGGCGGUGUCUUUGCUGGCCUUACUCUUGGACUCAUGGGUCUAGAUGAACUCCAUCUACGCGUGCUGUCAGCUUCAUCCGACGACCCCGUUGAGAAGAAAAAUGCCAAGAAAGUGUUGGCGCUCAUGCAGAAAGGAAGGCAUUGGGUAUUAGUUGUCCUUCUCCUUGGAAAUGUCAUCAUCAACGAGAGUCUUCCCAUUUUCCUUGACGGCGCGAUCGGAGGAGGUGUGGCUGCUGUAGUAAUUUCGACAGCUGCUAUCGUCAUCUUCGGAGAGAUUAUUCCACAAUCGCUGAGUGUAAGAUACGGCCUAUCCAUCGGCGCGGCAUGCACACCAUUCGUACUAGCGUUGAUGUAUAUUUUCGCUCCCGUCGCUUAUCCUAUAGCCAAACUCUUGGACUAUGUCCUUGGCGCUAACGAGGCACACACCUACAGAAAAGCAGAGCUAAAAUCUUUUCUAGAAUUCCAUCGCACUGGAGAGGAGCCUUUGAGAGACGACGAAAUAUCCAUCUUGAGUGGCGUGUUGGAACUCAACUCAAAAAAUGUUGAAGAAAUAAUGACGAGGAUGGAGGAUACUGUUACGCUUAGCAAGGACACAAUACUGGACCACAGCACAGUCGACAAGAUUAUAAUGAGCGGAUACUCGCGCUUCCCGGUACACGAACCCGACAACCCGUUGGCUUUUGUUGGGCUAUUAUUAGUCAAGAAGCUGAUUAACUACGAUCCCGCCCAAGCCCUCCCGGUGUCUAGUUUUGCGUUGUCUAUCUUGCCUGAGGCUCACCCUUCGAUCAACUGCUUCCAUGCAUUGGAUUAUUUCCAAACCGGGCGAGCCCAUCUUCUUCUCAUAUCACAUACUCCGGGAGUAGCGGGUGGUGCAAUCGGGGUUGUUACCCUUGAAGACAUAAUCGAAGAAAUCAUCACCGAGGAGAUUGUUGACGAAACCGAUCGCUACGAAGAUAACGUCAAUAAGCGUCGUGCUAAGCGGCUGACGAACGCUGCUCUCAUGAAGGGAAUUGUCGAACGUCGCAGGAAUGCCUCGAUUUCCUCUCCUAUAAACGAGAGUACGCCAUUGUUAGGGAAGAAUCCCAAUCCUGAGUGAAUUACCAGCAGACCAUGAGACGACUGCUCUUUAUGCCUUCGUUCUCGUUCGCUUUUCUAAGUUGGACUGUUUGUUGCUGUCAUGAAUC